AUGUUAUACAUCUACACUUUACUCGUUGCUGCCUUAGUAUCAUUUGUACAAGCCGCCGAUAACUACGCUACUUACCCAAAGAUCCCCAAAACUGCCUCAAUCAAUGGAUUUGCUGAUCCAAUCGUUGAUUUGUUACCCGAUUGUGCUAAAGAGUGUGUCAAAUUUAGCACCAAGAAUACCCCAUGUCCAUAUUGGGAUACCGGUUGUUUCUGUGUCAUGCCACAAUGGGCAGGAUUGGUCGGUCAAUGUAUUGCUAAGAACUGUAAAGGUGAAGAUGUCCAAAGUGCUAGAUUUUUGGCUACUUCAUUGUGUUCAACUGUUGGUGCCAACACCUGGAUGAUGCCAGCAUCAAUUUCUGAUAUGAUGUCUUCUGCUGCUUCAGGAGCCAAAGAAGUUACUACCAUUUCAGGAAAGACGGCAAUGCAAUGGGUUACUGCUCCAGGAAGUUCCGACACCAAUGUUGUUUCGGAAACUGAUAACAGCGAGAGUGUUUCAGAGACUAGUGAUAGCAGUAGUGCAUCAGCUACUGAUUCUGAUGAAGAGACUUCAGCUACCAGUGAAUCAGCAGAGUCGGCUUCUAGCACGGAAGCAAGCUCGACUGCCAAUGAAAGUAGCACAACUUCCACUGGAUCCACUUCAAACCUUGCUGUUUUACAAGCUGGUAGUUUGGGAAGUGUCAUUUUCGGGGUUUUGGUCAGCUUCCUCAUGUAA